UUUUUCCAAUAGAAAGGACUCAAAGAAUUAUGCUACUUCAAAUCAUGCUUUGUACAUGGCGGGUUCUUCAUAGGCUAACAUUUGAUUUGCAUUAUGUCAUUACAUACAGUUGUGUAAGCUGGCAUACAUUUUGAAACUGGGCUCAGCUGGGUCAGGUCUGGGCAGUCAAACAAUACAUCUGGUCUUUGUCAUUCAGUUUUACUGAGUCUUCACAUGUGGCAAAAAAUAUGAACACCGCUAAAUCCACCUGCCACAAACAACAGACCACAUAAACAUUUGGUUUUAAUAUAAUAAAUGUAGAUGAAUGAAGUCACAGGCUACUAGGACUACUAUGUCUGUCUGAAUACUGAAGUCCAUCCUUGAUAUAGGCAUCAAACAACCAUCUCUCUGUCACUAACAAAUACAUUUGACAUUAUAACCAGAAUGUUAUCAAUAAAUUGUUUUAUAUGUUCAAGCAAGGAAAUCCUGUGAAAAGUCUGGUCAACCCCAUUAAAUCUCAGUGCUGACUUGUUAAACAUUAAUCAACGCUUGGCACUGAGCCAGUCCUGUCUUAGUCUUUCGGUCAAUAGGCCUGAUUUAAGGUAAUGAUUGUCCAUGGGCAGGUCCCACAACACGCUUUCUUUUCUCCAUAGCCAAAAGCCCUCAUCAAACAUAGGACACUAUUUUUGGCAGGCCCCACUUCCCUUCCAGGGGAACAGAGGUGUGUGUGUGUUUGGGUGAGGAGGCCACACUCUGUGGUCAGUUCUCAAUAAGAGCCAGUCAGGACAUGCCUGCUCCCUGAUUUUACUUAGACUUCAAGACCCAGGUCACUCUCCUGAUCCCAAUAUAAAAUGUCAUAUUGCAGUUGAUUACCAUGACUCUUGUUUUUUAAAGGCUAUUGGGAUAGAUGGAAUAAUGGGAAAAUGUAGAUAAAUAAAUAGAGGCAUCAGGAUCCAUGGGAAAUUCAAGGACGUUACCGGUUAGCGUCCAUUCUUGUGGAAAAAGAUAUGGAUAUGAUGGCUUUAUUCAACUUCACCAUCACUGCAAGGGGGAGGCCAAAAUGAUGAAAGAUGGGAAGUUGUUUCGCGUGAUCCAGGAGAACUGUUGGGAUGCAGAUGCCCGGAUUCGCGACAUGGAUGCACAUGGGGUGACAGUCCAAGCCUUGUCUACGGUGCCUGUCAUGUUCAACUACUGGGCCAAGCCCCAUGACACGCUGGAUCUGUGUGGGAUCCUGAAUGACGACUUGGCAAAGACGGUGUCACUCCACCCCCGGCGUUUCGUGGGCUUGGGCACUCUGCCUAUGCAGGUCCCUGACUUGGCUGUGUUGGAGAUGAAGCGCUGUGUAAGAGAGCUGGGAUUCCCUGGGGUACAGAUCGGAUCCCACAUCAACACCUGGGACCUCAAUGCACCUGAACUACACCCAAUCUACGCUGCAGCCGAGGAACUGAACUGUUCCUUAUUUGUCCACCCAUGGGAUAUGCAGAUGGAUGGGAGGAUGGCCAAAUAUUGGCUCCCCUGGUUAGUGGGUAUGCCAUCAGAGACUACCACGGCAAUUUGCUCAAUGAUCUUUGGUGGUGUCUUUGAGAGAUUCCCCAAGCUGAAGGUCUGCUUUGCCCACGGAGGCGGUUCUUUCCCAUCCACCAUUGGCCGCAUCGAACAUGGGUUCCAUGUACGACCGGAUUUGUGCGCUGUGGACAACAAGGUGAACCCACGGAAAUACCUGGGCUCUUUCUACACUGACUCCCUAGUGCAUGACCCCAUCGCCUUGAAGCUCCUUACUGAUGUGAUUGGAAAGGAUAAAGUGAUGUUAGGAACAGACUAUCCUUUUCCACUGGGUGAGCUGCAGCCCGGAUCAUUAAUAGAGUCCAUGAAGGAGUUUGACGAUGAUCUGAAGGACAAACUGCUGGCAGGCAAUGCACUGGAAUUUUUGGGGCUUAAAAGAGAACAAUUUGAAUGACUUACAACAUGAAGACGAACAAAAGGGAUAGUAUAAUGUUUAAUUACUCUGAGUGUUGGGACACAUUACAGACUACUACCUGUUGAGGGAUUCAAAUGUAAAUGCAUGAUUACAUUGAUUAUACUUAAAUAUACUCCUUAUCUAGCUAAUUUAUCAUGUUUGAUAAAUAAUGGACAUGAGUAAAAGUAGAAUUCACUGUUUGUGGGACAGGAAACAGAGAAAGAGCAUAUUUAGACUACAUCAGUCGUCGCAAAUACGUAUCUCAGGUAGUGACGUGACAAUUGUCAUUUUCCCCCGAUUUUCACAUCGGGAAUCAAGUCUCAGUUUUAACAAGUAGCACUAGCAUAUGGAACUACCAUACCAUACCAUACCAUCUUCUUCCGCUUAUCCGGCAUAUGGAACUAAUAAUUCUUAAUCAGAAGGAAAAUUGUGUUAAACCUCACUGGUAGAAGGAUUUUUUAAAUGUAACAUCCAAUAGAAAUGUUAGCCCUAUAAUAAAAAAUUUCCCAGAUCUUCCAGUUGUGACAACAUUUGGAGGUAUGUCCUUGCAAUACCAGAAGGAAGGUGACCCCUAAUUGCAGUGAUUUGGCCCACCCAUUUACACUGGCAAAACCCCCGGGGUGGGGCAAAACAUCUCCAUUAGCUGUCUGAGUGACAGGAGCGGAAAAAAUUAAAUGGCACCAGCUGCAUCUGGUGGGGCACCAGCGUGCAGAAAUAUGUGAUGCAUUUAUGGUGAAACAGUUCCAAACCCUGGUUAAGAUUAAAAUUGUUUUAUUAUGUGA